AUGGGUCGGACGCACCUACGACCCGGUGACGGUUUCGUGCGAAUCUACAGCCCGGUUGUGCUAGUGACCAUGCCCACGCCGGAUUUCAGCAUGCCUUUCAACGCGCUGUGCAUUGUCUGUUCUGUGGUGGCUGUUUUUUUCGGUUCCGUGCACAAAGUGACAACGACACAAGUCGUCGGCAAGUUACCGGCAGAUGCCGGAUCGAAACUCUCACGUUUGAGUGCAAAGUUGUGGGCCCGUUUGAUCGGAUUACGAUCAAAGGCUUCUGGACCCUACCAGUCUGUUUCAACAGCGACGCAGGAACAGAGCGAGCCGAAGAAGGACCAGUGA